UGACCAUCGCCCACACGAUCUCUCUCUCAUGGCCUCUGUUUGAUUCGGUUUUGUAAAUUUGAACUUUUCUCCUCGUCUUCAUCGUCUCUUCGCCUUCAUCCUUUUUCAAUCUCUCAUUUUCUCUCAGUCCAAUCACACUCCCAUUCUCUGUCAAUUUCACUCUUCCUCUCUGUUUUUAUGUAUUUUCAGAUUCAAUUUCUCUGACUCUCAUUACUGCUUUCUUACUCUCUACUGCCUUCUAUCAAUCAUUCAUUCAAUCUUUCAAUCUAUCUUCUUCUCUGAUUAACGGCUGGGAUUCUCAAUCACACGUCUUCACCGCCGUUUUUCUGCCUUCUUCACCUUGAACUAUACUACCCAUUACCGAAACAUAGAGUAUUAAUCUAUUUCCUAAUUUCUUUUCUCACUCUAAUCUUUUUUCGCCACCGUUCCCCUGUUUCUCUCACUGUUUAUGUUUUUGGGUUGAUGUCUUCUUUCCAUUUCUCUCGCCCUAUGCGUCGUCUUCAUCUUCCUUCGCUUUCCGAUUCUGUAUGUGCGCUGUGCUUCUGACUACAUGGAUGCUAAAGUGGGUUCUCGGCUAGAGUAUUUUGGAUUUUUUUCAUUGGAACGAUGAGAGAGAAAGACAAAGAGUAGGCAAAUUUGACCUUUUCAGUACAAUCUAUGGAACUUAUUGGUCCAAGGAGAGUGAAUAAAAAGAAUCACCUUAUUCAAGAGAAUGGUGAUUCUCUUUUAUCAAAUGCAGAAGAUCUUGAUCCGUGGACUGCAUGGGCCUAUAAGCCACGCACGGUUUCUUUGUUACUUCUUGGUGCCUGCUUUCUCAUCACCAUGGCCUUCGACAUUUAUAGUUUUGGGUUGGAUUCUAACACUUUGGAUAGGAAGAAUAAAGGGAGGGCAUUAGAGACUCUAUUUCCUAGUGCAUGCUGGGCCAGUGGAGCUCUAGAUCCUGAAUGCGCUGCUUCAAGCGAUCUUGUUUCAUCAGUUAAAAGGGGUGUGUGGGCAAUGAUCGCUGUAUUCCUUGCAUACUGCUUGCUUCAAGCUCCUUCUACGAUUCUUAUUAGGCCGCAUCCAGCUGUGUGGCGCCUAGUACAUGGCUUGGCUGUCGUUUAUCUUGUAGCACUCACAUUUUUACUUUUCCAGAAACGUGACGAUGCUCGAGCAUUCAUGAAAUUUCUUCAUCCUGAUCUAGGCCUUGAGCUUCCUGAAAGAUCAUAUGGUACUGAUUGCCGUAUAUUUGUUCCUGAAAAUCCCACAAGCAGGUUUAAGAAUGUCUAUGCAACAUUAUUUGAUGAAUUUGUUCCUGCUCACAUAAUUGGAUGGUGGGGCAAGGCUAUAUUGAUCCGUAAUCAGCCCCUUCUUUGGGUACUAUCAAUUGGGUUCGAGUUAAUGGAGCUUACCUUCCGCCACAUGCUACCAAAUUUCAACGAAUGCUGGUGGGACAGUAUUAUUCUUGACAUUUUAAUCUGCAAUUGGUUUGGAAUAUGGGCAGGAAUGCGCACUGUUCGAUAUUUCGAUGGGAAAACAUACAAGUGGGUUGGUCUAAGUCGUCAGCCUAAUAUUAUUGGAAAAUCGUCUUAUAUCCAGGUGAAACGGACCUUGGGACAGUUCACUCCAGCCCAGUGGGAUAAAGAUGAGUGGCAUCCGUUACUUGGUCCAUGGCGUUUCAUUCAAGUUCUUGCUCUUUGCAUUGUCUUCUUGACGGUGGAGCUUAAUACAUUCUUUUUGAAGUACUGUCUCUGGGUUCCUCCUAGAAACCCUGUAAUAGUAUACAGGUUGGUUCUAUGGUGGUUAAUCGCCAUACCAACGAUGCGUGAGUACAACGUUUACCUUCAAGACAGGAAACCCGUUAAAAAAAUUGGGGCAUUCUGUUGGCUCUCUCUGGCCAUUUGUGUGGUCGAACUUCUAAUUUGCGUCAAGUUUGGACAUGGUUUAUAUCCUAAACCAAUGCCAUCUUGGUUGGUGCAAUUCUGGAUAUCUGUUGGAGUUUCCCUUGUAUUAUUCCUGCUUAUUUGGAGCUGGCAACUUCACCAAUUAGUUGCAAGGAAAAAGUGGAAAUAAUUUUUAUUGAUUUCUUCAUAGGAAAAGAAAAAGGAAUUCUUUUUAUUUCAUGGGAAUCUCAUUGAUCAUAAUGUAAAAUUUUUAAUGCAUUUUGUAGAUAGCAUCAGAUUUUCCUAUUAGGUUAGCGGUAGAGUCGACGUGAGGUUUUUCUUUGGAGAGGGAAGAAUGUCUUUCGUGCCUUAAACGUUUGAUUAUCCACCCAAAUGGUGGCCUACAUCAUUUUUAUAUUGUGCAAUUUAUAGAAUUUAAUUCAUUUGGCA